AUAAGCUCUCUCACACACUUCUUUCAUUAAGUAAUCUCUGUCUAUAAUUCUCGUUAACAUCUUCUUCUUCGCUAGAUUAGUAAAAUGGAUGGAUUUGGAGCAAAGUACGAGUGUUUGUUCUUUGAGUUCAUGCUUAACCAACUCGGAAUCGAAGAGAGUGAAGUUCCAAAGUUAUGUUUAGAUCUUUACAAAGAAUAUGGAACCACCAUGGCUGGUCUCAAGGUUAUGGGUUACGAAUUCGACAACGAUGAGUUCCAUGAAUAUGUCCAUGGAAGACUUCCGUACGAGAAACUAAAACCUGAUCCAAUUCUCCGUAACCUUCUUGUCUCUAUGCCUCACCGUAAAAUCAUCUUUACUAACGCAGAUAAAGCUCACACGACUCGAGCCCUCAACAGAUUAGGUCUAGAGGAUUGCUUUGAAGGAAUCAUUUGCUUCGAAACACUAAACCCUUCUUCUGAUUCAAACACUCAAAUCCUCUGUAAACCCUCCGUUGAAGCAUUUGAAGCUGCAAUUCGCAUUGCAGACAUCGUCGAUCCACGCAAAACGAUGUUCUUCGAUGACAGUAUUCGUAACAUCGCUAGUGCUAAAGCAACGGGGCUAAAAACCGUGUUUGUAGGCGACUCGGUACUAGUUCCAGGUGCUGACUAUGCACUAAGCAGCAUUCAUAACAUAAAGGAAGCAAUACCUGAUUUAUGGGAAGACACCAAAGAUGAGAAGCUUGAGCCAAUUGUUCAGCAAGCCGCGGUUGCAACCAUGAUCCGCCGCCUCAAUCUUGGUCGGCGUUUCUACACCGCCCUGCCAAGAAGAGCGAAGGACAUAAUGUCAAACCCAGAUUGUCGUCCCGCGCAGCUAUGCUUGAGAGUCACGUACUUGAUCAAAUUCGUUGGAGACCUCGACACGGCGGCGAAGUACGCUCGUUUGGCUGUUUUCACCGACAUCAGAUCGGAGGCCACAGCAACAACAUGUCAAGCCAUCAUCGGAGGCAUGUUGCAGAAUAAAAGGCUCGAUGACGCUUACGAUCUCUACGAUGUCUUUUUCAAUCAGUGUAAGCUAAUACCCAACAGCUAUUGCUGGAACUACAUCAUCGAAUCUGGUUUCAAACAAGGUAUUGUUGACGACGUUCUCGGUUUCCACCACCGAUCCAUCGAAUCUGGUAUGGUCGACGACUACCCAAGCAAGGAUACUUUCAGGGUCUUGACCAAAUGGUUAGUCCACGCCGGCCGGUUGGACCAAGCGGAAGCCAUGCUUAGAGACAGGACAGUCGAUAGGACCACCUACCCAGAUCACGUGGCUUACAACAAUCUGAUUCGCGGGUUUUUGGAUCUUGGGAAUUUAGACAAGGCGAAUCUAGUCUUGGACGAAUUCAAACGCUUGUUUCUUAUUGCCCUCUCCGAGACCAAAGAUGAUUUGCAACAUUCAAAAUAUGAAAACAGAGUCGCAUUCCUGAUGGCCACAUUCAUGGAGUACUGGUUUAAGCAAGGUAAACAAGUGGAAGCUAUGGAGUGUUACAAGCGCUCUGUUCUAUCAAACAGGUUACUGGUUUGUGCCGAAACGGGUAACGCCCUUUUGGUAGUCCUGCUCAAAUACGGUGAAGAAAAACAUGCUUGGGCAUUGUACCAUGAACUCUUAGAUAAAGGUAACACCAACCCUGAUACCAUUAAGAUAAUGAUAGACGAGUGUUUUGAUUUGGGUCGAUUUAGAGAGGCUUGGGAGACCUACAACAAGGCUAAAGCCAAGAACCACUUCAUCUGUGACAUAUACAAUAUUACAGAGUGUUGCAAACACGGAUCAGCGACUUACUUCUUUGGUGUAUUUAGUGGUGGAUACAUUAUUACAAGGUUUUGCAAAAACGGGAUGUUGUCAGAAGCACGGUCUGUCUUUCUUGAUUCACUUGCUGAUGAUUUCGGAUACAUUGAUGUUAACAUUUUUAGAACAAUGAUUGAUGCUUAUGUGAAGGCUGGAAGAAUCGAUGAAGCUAUAGAAUUCUCCGACAAGAUGAUCGAUUCAACUCUAAAGGAGGUCUCCCAUCUCUUUUGACCAUUCCUCCUCGCUUUGUGAUCUUUAUUUGAUGUAUUUUUUUAUAUACUUGUUUUUUUUCGUAUACUCUGUUAGUUAAGAUAAUAAUAGGGUUUGAAUUGU